AAAUUUCCCGCCUAAAGAUUAAAGAAAAGUUUGGUUUUGUUUGUUAGUUUUGUAGUAGUUUGAGUUUUGUUAAUUUGUAAUUUUCCUUUUGUUCUUGUUGUAAUUAUUAUAUUAACUAAAAUGGAGGAAGAAAUUCGUGGUCAAUUCGAAAUGUUCAACAUAAAGCCCAGCCAAGAAGUCAUUGCAAAAUGUUUGAAAAUGUGCGAUAAAUACAAAAUCGACGGGGAAGAUUUGGUGGACCAAUGGUUCGCCUUUACCAGCUCGAAAUUACGAGGGGCGAAUCCUACCGUCGAAUAUUUGGAGCAAAUGGAACGGAAAGAGCUGAUGAAGCAAAAAGUACCGGCAACAAUCACUACUGUACAAGAAUUAUCUCCUGUUGCAAAUUCUAGUAAGGCUGCAACUUCAGAAGGGCCUCUAAGUACACCAAAGCGAAACCAUGUCCCAGUAUCCAGAAUACAAACCCCCAUUCAAACCAGAAACACAUUGGAAGAAACCAUGUCAAGUCCCAGUAUUCUAUCACAAACCUACAGCAAACGCACCGACGCCCUUUCAGUGCGCUGUUCGCACAAUUCCAGCAAAGCAACAUUCAAAAAAUCAUCAAAUUUCGACGUUUCCGUUCGCCCUCUGUACGAAGACGGUUUGCAAUCUGACCGUAGAUUUAUGUACGAGGUUCUACGAAAACGUAAACAGGGUAUCGAUAAUAUGACCGAGGAUUUGGCUUUGGCCAUUAUAAAGAAAUAUUACAAUGAAAUUGGAAAAUGUAACCAUUAUCUUAUAGACAAACUUGAUAUGAUGAUGAAUGAAAAAUCUUUGGUUGAAGACAAAACGGAGGAAUUUGACUAUGAGAAACAGAAUGUGCACAUUGAGGAAACGCCUGAACCCAAUUAUGAGCCAGAUUACGAUUCGGAUCUGGAACUGGAACCGGACCUGGAACCCGAACCCACCGCCGAACCUGAACGCGAACCGGAAUACAAGGAAACUCUGGUCUGCGGUCGUAUUGUCUCCGAUUCCAAUGGAAAAAUCAAUAGUCAAUCGAUUUUAUUGGAAGAAACGGCUAAACUUAAUGGAAACUGUUACUCGUUGAAUUUAUCCAAAUUGCCCAAGUAUUCGUUGUUUUGUGGACAAGUGGUUGUUGUCAAGGGGGAAAGCUUGAAGAAAACGAAUAGGAAUAUAUUGCUUGCCGAAGAAAUUUAUACUGAUACUGAUUUUAAGUUGCCACAGGAGCCACCAUUAAUAAGAGAUACUUUACAAAUGAUAGUCGCUUGCGGUCCCUUUACACCUCAAGACAACCUCUCUUUCGAACCUCUCACCGAUCUCCUCAAAUACGUAAGAGAACACCAACCCCACGUACUUCUACUAACCGGCCCAUUCUACCACAAAGACCACCCGGGCAUUUUCAACGGAGAACUCCGCCAAACUGUUGACACAUUCUUUUUGGACCUCAUCGAUACCGUUAUGCAAGGAGUGCCAUCUAAUACACACGUCUUGGUGGUUUCUUCCCAUAAAGAACCUCACCAUUAUCCAGUUUAUCCGACUAUUCCUUAUGAAAUCGCCCAGAGGUAUUCCAAUUUGACUUUUAUGCCUGAUCCUUGUAUGGUGAAUAUUAAUGGGUUGGUCGUGGCUGCUACCACCGCCGAUAUUUUGUUUGAUAUUGGGAGCUACGAGAUUCAUGUAGACAAAACAAAUUCGGCCCCUUCGGACCGUAUGGGUAGAUUGGCCUCUUACCUUUUCAAACAGGAAAGUUUCUACCCUUUGGAACCAGUCUCCAAAGACUUGUGCAUCGAUUUCAGUCUGAUGGAAAGAAACGGAGUGAUGGCUUUGAAACCUCAUGUUAUGAUUUUGCCAUCGAUUCUUCGGUUUUUUAUUAAGGAACUUGACGAUGUCCUAGUAGUAAACCCAGAAAAACUAACCAAAGGAAAUAGCGGUGGUACUUUUGCCAGACUAGAAAUAUCGCCCGGAGCCAGUCAAACAGUCUGUGGGUGUCUUAAAGGUUCUAUUGGUAUUUGCUGUUCGAAAAAAAUUGGUGAAUAUGGUAUGCCAAUGUUAAUGGAUUUGCCAAAACCUUUGGAUUAUUAUCAGGAACUGGAACUGAAAGGUAGAGAUGUGUGUUAUGAUGUGGUUGGAUGGCCUGUGCAUCCCGAUACCGGUGAAAGGACCGUUAGAGUGCUACCGGUCAAAACAGAAUUUUGCCUAAACAUAAUAUUCUUCUUGGCAUAUCCGCUGGCGCUAUUUCUGAAACUGUGCGCAAUUUGUUGCUGCAUUCGGGACUAUGAAGGAGAACAAGAUGAGUUUUUCAAAGAAGUGAAUGUGAUUAAAUACAAUUCUGGAAAGAACCAUCCCGGACCAAAAGUGGACGUCUACAGAGAUAAAGACCUAAGAGAAGCAAAAGAUACUCGGUACAUAAUCAACUGUAUGCGAGAGAGCCAAAUCGCCUUACAAGAACUAAACAAAUUUAAGGAGUAAUUUUUUUUAACUAAAAUUAUUAGAAAGUGCAAUGAAAAUAAAGUCAAUUAUAA